GGGGGAGCGGAGGGAAGGCGGGCCCUCGGCUGCGAGCGCGGUGGGGGGAGGGGAGGGGAGAGCCCGAGCGCUGGAGUUGGUGCUGGGAAACCCGGGGCUAAUGUUGACAACAGGCUUUAGAUUGUCCUGGGUCACAUAAUGCCAGCUGAGCGUAAAAAGUCAGCAAGUAUGGAAGAAAAAGAACCUUUACUAAACAACAAGGAAAAAGACUGCAGUGAGAGGCGGCCAGUGAGCAGCAAGGAGAAACCAAAAGACGACCUAAAGAUCACUGCCAAGAAGGAGGUCAAUAAGGUCCCAGAAGACAAAAAGAAGAAACUGGAAGAAGAUAAGAGAAAAAAGGAAGACAAAGAACGCAAGAAAAAAGAGGAAGAAAAGGUGAAGGCAGAGGAAGAAUUGAAGAAGAAGGAGGACGAAGAGAAGAAGAAACAUGAAGAGGAAGAGAGAAAAAAGCAGGAAGAGCAGGCCAAACGGCAGCAGGAAGAAGCGGCUGCUCAGCUGAAAGAGAAAGAAGAAUCCCUUCAGCUGCAUCUGGAAGCUUGGGAGCGGCAUCAGCUACGGAAGGAGCUCCGCAGCAAAAACCACAGUGCUCCAGACAGCCGGCCGGAGGAAAACUUCUUCAGCCGCCUGGAUUCAAGCUUAAAGAAAAAUACUGCUUUUGUCAAGAAACUAAAAACGAUUACAGAACAACAGAGAGACUCCUUGUCUCAUGAUUUUAAUGGCCUGAAUUUAAGCAAAUAUAUUGCAGAAGCUGUGGCUUCCAUUGUGGAAGCAAAGUUAAAAAUCUCCGAUGUGAACUGUGCUGUGCACCUCUGCUCUCUGUUUCACCAGCGGUAUGCUGACUUCGCACCCUCUCUUCUUCAGGUGUGGAAAAAACAUUUUGAAGCGAGGAAAGAGGAAAAAACGCCUAACAUUACCAAGCUAAGAACCGACUUGCGUUUCAUUGCAGAAUUGACCAUAGUGGGAAUUUUCACGGACAAGGAAGGUCUUUCCUUAAUCUAUGAACAGCUGAAAAGUAUCAUCAAUGCUGACCGAGAGUCCCACACUCACGUCUCUGUAGUGAUUAGUUUCUGUCGCCAUUGUGGAGAUGACAUAGCUGGACUCAUACCGAGGAAAGUAAAGAGUGCCUCGGAGAAGUUCAACUUGAACUUUCCUCCUAGUGAGAUAAUUAGUCCAGAGAAGCAGCAGCCUUUCCAGAAUCUUUUAAAAGAGUACUUUACGUCUUUGACCAAACACCUGAAAAGGGACCACAGGGAGCUUCAGAAUACUGAGAGGCAAAACAGGCGCAUUCUGCAUUCUAAAGGUGAGCUAAGCGAAGAUAGGCACAAACAGUAUGAAGAAUUUGCAAUGUCAUACCAGAAGCUGCUGGCAAAUUCUCAGUCUUUAGCAGACCUUUUGGAUGAAAAUAUGCCAGAUCUUCCGCAGGACAAACCAACACCAGAAGAACAUGGACCUGGAAUUGAUAUAUUUACACCUGGUAAACCUGGAGAGUAUGACUUAGAAGGCGGCAUAUGGGAAGAUGAAGAUGCUCGGAAUUUCUAUGAAAACCUCAUUGAUUUGAAAGCAUUUGUUCCAGCCAUCUUGUUUAAAGACAAUGAAAAAAGUCAGAACAAAGAUUCUAACAAAGAUGAUUCCAAAGAGACAAGAGAACCAAAGGAUAAUAAGGAGGCUUCAAGUCCUGAUGAUUUGGAACUUGAAUUGGAAAAUCUAGAAAUUAAUGAUGAUACAUUGGAAUUAGAAGGUGGAGAUGAAGCUGAAGACCUUACAAAGAAACUCCUUGAUGAACAAGAACAAGAAGAUGAAGAAGCCAGCACUGGAUCUCAUCUCAAACUCAUAGUAGAUGCUUUCCUCCAGCAGUUGCCCAACUGUGUCAACCGAGAUCUAAUUGACAAGGCAGCCAUGGAUUUUUGUAUGAACAUGAACACGAAGGCAAACAGGAAGAAGUUGGUACGAGCUCUCUUCAUAGUUCCUAGACAAAGGUUGGACUUGCUACCAUUUUAUGCAAGAUUGGUUGCUACAUUGCAUCCCUGCAUGUCUGAUGUAGCAGAGGAUCUUUGUUCCAUGCUGAGGGGGGAUUUCAGAUUUCAUGUACGAAAAAAGGACCAGAUCAACAUUGAAACAAAGAAUAAAACUGUUCGUUUUAUUGGAGAACUAACCAAGUUUAAGAUGUUCACCAAAAAUGAUACACUGCAUUGUCUAAAGAUGCUUCUCUCAGACUUUUCUCAUCAUCAUAUUGAAAUGGCAUGUACUCUGCUGGAGACCUGCGGACGAUUUCUUUUUAGAUCUCCAGAAUCACACCUGAGGACCAGUGUGCUUUUGGAGCAAAUGAUGAGAAAGAAGCAGGCAAUGCAUCUUGAUGCACGAUAUGUUACAAUGGUAGAGAAUGCGUAUUAUUACUGCAACCCACCUCCAGCUGAAAAGACAGUCAGAAAGAAGCGUCCUCCUCUUCAGGAGUAUGUCCGCAAACUUUUGUACAAAGAUCUCUCUAAGGUCACUACAGAGAAGGUUUUGAGACAGAUGCGGAAGUUGCCCUGGCAGGACCAAGAAGUAAAAGACUAUGUUAUUUGUUGUAUGAUAAAUAUCUGGAAUGUGAAAUACAACAGUAUUCACUGUGUAGCCAAUCUCCUAGCAGGACUCGUGCUCUACCAGGAGGAUGUUGGGAUCCACGUGGUGGAUGGAGUACUCGAAGAUAUUCGAUUGGGAAUGGAGGUUAAUCAACCUAAAUUUAACCAGAGGCGUAUCAGUAGUGCCAAGUUCUUAGGAGAACUUUAUAAUUACAGAAUGGUGGAGUCCGCUGUUAUUUUCAGAACUCUUUAUUCUUUUACUUCAUUUGGUGUCAACCCUGACGGCUCUCCAAGUUCCCUGGACCCUCCUGAGCAUCUGUUCAGAAUUAGACUAGUGUGCACUAUUUUGGAUACCUGUGGCCAGUACUUUGACAGAGGUUCCAGUAAACGAAAACUUGACUGCUUCCUUGUAUAUUUUCAGCGUUAUGUUUGGUGGAAGAAAAGUUUGGAGGUUUGGACAAAAGACCAUCCAUUUCCUAUUGAUAUAGAUUACAUGAUCAGUGAUACACUAGAACUGCUAAGACCAAAGAUCAAACUCUGUAAUUCUCUGGAAGAAUCCAUCAGGCAGGUCCAAGACUUGGAACGAGAAUUCUUAAUAAAACUAGGCCUAGUAAAUGACAAAGACUCCAAAGACUCUAUAACAGAAGGGGAAAAUCUUGAAGAGGAUGAAGAAGAAGAAGAAGGAGGAGUUGAAACAGAAGAACAAUCCGGAAAUGAAAGUGAAGUGAAUGAUCCAGAAGAAGAAGAGGGUUCCGAGGAGGAGGAGGAGGGAGAAGAAGAGGAAGAGGAGAAUACAGAUUACCUCACAGAUUCCAACAAGGAGAAUGAAACUGACGAGGAGAAUGCUGAGGUGAUGAUUAAAGGAGGUGGAUUGAAACAUGUUCCUUGUGUAGAAGAUGAGGACUUCAUUCAAGCUCUGGACAAAAUGAUGCUGGAAAACCUUCAGCAGCGAAGUGGUGAAUCUGUUAAAGUGCAUCCACUUGAUGUUGCUAUUCCACUGCAUCUGAAAAGCCAGCUGAGGAAAGGGCCCCCACUUGGUGGUGGGGAAGGAGAGGCAGAGCCUGCAGAUACGAUGCCGUUUGUCAUGCUAACAAGAAGAGGCAAUAAACAACAGUUUAAGAUUCUUAAUGUGCCCAUGUCAUCCCAACUUGCUGCAAAUCAUUGGAACCAGCAACAAGCAGAACAAGAGGAGAGGAUGAGAAUGAAAAAGCUCACAUUAGAUAUCAAUGAACGACAAGAACAAGAAGAUUAUCAAGAAAUGUUGCAGUCUCUUGCACAGCGCCCAGCUCCAGCAAACACCAACCGUGAGCGGCGGCCUCGUUACCAGCAUCCAAAGGGAGCACCUAAUGCAGAUCUAAUCUUUAAGACUGGUGGGAGGUAA